GGCCGCUCCCCUCCCCCCGCCGCCGGAGGCGCUUCCCGUCGGGCCGACUCCCGCUCGCUUCCUCCUGCUGCCCGAAGCUCCCGAGAUGAAUUUUUCCGUCUCUGCCGAGAGGAGCCAGACUAUGAUGCAGGAUUACCACAGAAGAAACUCGUGUCUAUAGCUGUUAAGGACUUGAUUACAUCAUUUUCAAGCCUGAUAGUUUUGGAAUCACCAUUAGAGCUUAAGACACAUCUGCCAUCACUUCAGCCACCUGUCUUCAUACCUGGACGAAGUGUUAACGUUUUAACACUCCUUGUCCCGGGGUUAUUUAAGACUUCCCAGAAUUAUAUUUCUCACCAGUGUAGUAGCCAAAUUUAUAAGGAAAAAUGAUUCCCAAUGGAUAUUUAAUGUUUGAAGAUGAAAAUUUCAUUGAGUCUUCUGUUGCCAAAUUAAAUGCCCUGAGGAAAAGUGGGCAGUUUUGUGAUGUUCGUCUUCAGGUCUGUGGCCAUGAGAUGUUAGCACACAGAGCAGUCCUGGCUUGCUGCAGUCCUUAUUUAUUUGAAAUUUUUAAUAAUGACAGUGAUCCUCAUGGAGUUUCUCAUGUUAAAUUCGAUGAUCUCAACCCAGAAGCUGUUGAAGUCCUGUUGAAUUAUGCUUACACUGCUCAGUUGAAAGCUGAUAAGGAAUUAGUAAAAGAUGUUUAUUCUGCAGCAAAAAAACUGAAGAUGGACCGAGUAAAGCAGGUUUGUGGUGAUUAUUUACUAUCUAGGAUGGAUGUUACCAGCUGCAUCUCCUACCGAAAUUUUGCAAGUUGUAUGGGAGACUCCCGUUUGUUGAAUAAGGUUGAUGCUUACAUUCAGGAGCAUUUGUUACAAAUUUCAGAAGAGGAAGAGUUUCUGAAACUUCCACGGCUAAAGUUGGAGGUAAUGCUUGAAGAUAACGUUUGCUUGCCCAGCAAUGGCAAACUGUACACAAAGGUAAUCAACUGGGUGCAGCGCAGCAUCUGGGAGAAUGGAGACAGUCUGGAAGAGCUGAUGGAAGAGGUUCAAACCUUGUACUACUCAGCUGAUCACAAGCUGCUUGAUGGGAAUCUACUAGAUGGACAGGCUGAGGUGUUUGGCAGUGAUGAUGACCACAUUCAGUUUGUGCAGAAAAAGCCACCCCGUGAGAAUGGCCAUAAGCAGAUAAGUAGCAGUUCCACUGGAUCUCUGUCUUCUCCAAAUGCUACAGUACAAAGCCCUAAGCACGAAUGGAAAAUCGUUGCUUCAGAAAAGACAUCAAAUAGUACUUACUUGUGUCUGGCUGUGCUGGAUGGGGUAUUCUGUGUAAUCUUCCUUCAUGGACGGAACAGCCCACAGAGCUCACCAACAAGUACUCCAAGACUAAUUAAGAGUUUAAGCUUUGAGAUGCAACCAGACGAGCUAAUAGAAAAGCCCAUGUCUCCUAUGCAGUACGCACGAUCUGGUCUGGGAACAGCAGAGAUGAAUGGCAGACUCAUAGCUGCAGGUGGCUACAACAGAGAGGAAUGUCUUCGAACAGUUGAGUGUUAUGAUCCACGUACAGAUCAGUGGUCCUUUCUUGCUCCCAUGAGAACACCAAGAGCCCGAUUUCAAAUGGCUGUACUCAUGGGCCAGCUCUAUGUGGUAGGUGGAUCAAAUGGCCACUCAGAUGACCUGAGUUGUGGAGAGACGUAUGAUCCAAACAUAGAUGACUGGACUCCUGUUCCAGAAUUGAGGACUAACCGUUGUAAUGCAGGAGUGUGUGCUCUGAAUGGAAAAUUAUACAUUGUUGGUGGCUCUGAUCCAUAUGGGCAAAAAGGACUGAAAAAUUGUGAUGUAUUUGAUCCUGUAACAAAGUCAUGGACAAGCUGUGCUCCUCUUAACAUUCGUAGACACCAGUCUGCAGUCUGUGAGCUUGGUGGUUAUUUGUACAUAAUCGGAGGUGCAGAGUCUUGGAAUUGUCUGAACACAGUAGAACGUUACAAUCCUGAAAAUAACACCUGGACUUUAAUUGCACCCAUGAAUGUGGCCAGGCGAGGAGCUGGAGUAGCUGUUCUUGACGGAAAACUGUUUGUAGGUGGUGGUUUUGAUGGUUCUCGUGCCAUCAGUUGUGUGGAGAUGUAUGAUCCAACUAGAAAUGAAUGGAAGAUGAUGGGAAACAUGACUUCACCAAGGAGCAAUGCUGGGAUUGCAACUGUAGGGAACACCAUCUAUGCAGUGGGAGGAUUUGAUGGCAAUGAGUUUCUGAAUACAGUGGAAGUUUAUAACCUCGAGUCAAAUGAGUGGAGCCCCUAUACGAAGAUGUUCCAAUUUUAACAAAUUUAAGACCCUUUCAAACUAACAGGCUUAGUGAUGUAAUUGUGUUUAGUAAAGGUACAUUUGUGAAUAAGGUGGGUGGGUGGGGUGGGUAUAGAUGUUGCUAAUGGCAACACAAAGCUUUUGCAUAUUGCAUAUUAUUAAACAUGCUGUACAUACUUUUUGUGUCUAUUUGGAAAGGAAUGCAAAGAUGAAGGUCUGUUUUGUGUAUUUUUAGAACUUCUUUGGUUUCUUUACUUUCUGGAAGUUGAUAUUGUAAAAGAAUAAACCAAGAAUUGAUUGGGCACAUCAUUUCAAGAAGUCCCCUCCUCUACAUUUGUUUUGCUGAUUUGCACAUUAAAUGACUCUUCCCUUGAAUAUGUGUUAUGGGGCAAGAGGGGGUAGGGUUUUAAGAUGUAGGCAGUUGGGAUUUUUAAGGGCCCUUUUUCAAUAACUGGAACAAUCUAACAAAAAAGACUUAUUUAACUAGAUAAUGACUAUUUUUGUUUUUAUUAAAAGAAAGUUGACAUGCCUACCAAUGUUUAAUCUUUUAUGAUUGCCUUUUUAUAACUUUUUAUAUUCUAGGCAUAAUGUUUUUUACCUGUUGAAGGAAAAUGGCAGGUCCGAAAUACCGAAGCAUAGUGGAAGUCUUAAGUAUGCAAAGUGGGGUGCAUCUUUUAAACACCUAGAAUGCACACUUCUCAGCUUUUUCCUUGGCUACAAUUUUUUUUUUUUUUUUUUUUUUUGAGAUUUCAGUGUGUUUAUUUGGAUAGAGUUGCUGAACAGUAACAUAGCUAUAUGAUUUUUGGUAUUUGAAACACUUGAUUUUAAAUAUUUGGCUUGUUGAGGAUGUAUCUUGUAUAGCAAAACAUACAACAGUAAAGAACAGUGAGAUAUUUUAUCUUCUAAAUUCUGUUUUUAUUUUUCAUUAACAAAACAACUCUAAAUGGCAGCCCUCGGUUGUGAAAAAAAUUACUUAGUGGGUUUGUGAAUGCAACCUAUAUCAGAACUGUGUUUUGUUCAGUUUUUCUAUUCAGCUGGAUAAACAUUGGUUGGGAUGACUCGGUGUCUACUGUGUAAUGCUGCACGUCUAACUUACAGUGCCCAGAUUAGCACGUCCUGAUGCUUGCUGCUGACGCAGACACUAAUAUUAAAGGUACUUUGCAGAAGACCCUUGCACCAUGGGAUUAACAUCCAAA